UUGCAGAUGAUGGUCGAUGGGAGAGUCGAGAAGUAUUAAACAGAGGGCGGCACCUGUUCCCAUUCCAGUACAAACUUCCCGAAGGUAUACCAUGUUCAUUUGAAGGACCCGAUGCCUUUAUACGUUAUAACGUGCACGGCUCACUGGUCCGAGUGGCUGGACCAAACAUCACUACAAAGAAAACUGUCACAGUGUUAAGAGAUUUAGAUUGUAAGAGAGACAACGAAAAGAAAUCUCCCUCGCCCAGACACAUGCUAGAGGACCAUGCUGAGCGCACAUUCAGUACCACAUGCUGCCGCCCAUCUCGGGUCUCCUGUUCACUUUGUGUGAUGAAGCGCUCGUAUGUGCCAGGAGAAGUUAUCCAUGCCGACGUUCAGAUUCAUAAUAUGACAAUGAGAAAGUCAGGUCCUUGUAGGCUGCAGCUGAAACAGCUGGUGACAUAUGGAGACAGCUAUUGUCGACCCAUCCUACUGGAGGAGCUAGAGUUCAAUGAGAACAUCAGGCCUGGACAGAGGCGACAGUGGAAGAGCUUGUGUCUGCCAGUUCCUCCAACCUGCCCAUCUAGACUCAGCAAAUGUCGAGUUAUAGACGUCAGAUACUGUGUAGCGAUUGAGUGCCAAUAUUCUGAUGCUGUCAUUUAUGCCGCAGUGCCUAUAACAAUAGUUACUGUUCCUGAAAGAGGCAUUAUUCCUGUACGGUGGUCAUACCAAGUAUGUUCCACAGACUUUGGGGAAGAGGAUUACAACAGAUCUACAAUAGAGGAUAGUUUUCGACCUAAAUAUAAAUUCUACGAGGAGUUGCGUGAUAUCAGAAAAGAUAAAUACUUUGUCCUGAAAUUACGACAGAGUCCUGGCGUCAGACGACGAAUUAUGGUAAAUGAAGGGGAGAGCAGAGCUGACUCAGAAACUGCUAAUGAAUCAAAAGCAUGA